AAGAAGAAGGAGAAGAUCAGAGAUAUGACGAUAGAUCUCUGCUCGGCCUCGGAGAGUUCUGGUCUAGGGAUGAGUCCCAGAAUUUCGUUUUCUCAUGAUCUACGUCACUCGGAUGUCGUCCCUGUCGAAGAAAACUGCCAACGAUCAGAUGCGUCGCUCUUGGAUUCCAGUUUAGAUUUUGAUUUUGGCGUUAGCGCAAGCUUCGAACAAGAACCACCAUUUUCCGCUGAUGAGCUCUUCUUCGACGGAAAAAUCCUUCCCUGUGAAAUUUGGGAGAAAACACAAACAGUUUCUCCUUUGAAACAAACCCAUCAAGCUAAGCCUCCUCUGCCUCCUCCUCCUCUCCCUUCUCCUACUAAUACUACGACGACGACAAAAACAACGAUGUUGAAGAAGACGAGCACAGUAACUGAUGAUUCGAAGAAAGAGAGCUUGAAGGAAAUCAUGGCGACGAGUAUCGAAUCAGAGGAUAAGGCCUCCUCCUCGAAAUCUUUCUGGCGGUUCAGUCGAAGCAGUAGUCUUAAUUCCGGGAACGGGCAAAGACGCGGCUUGAUUUGCUCCCUACCACUUUUAUCGCGAAGCAAUUCAACAGGUUCAUCCACAAUUUCCAAACGACAACCAUUGUUCAAGGGUAGUCAAAAACACUCACAUAAACCUCCUACACCCACGCCUGCAAAGUCGUCGUCGUCGUCGUCGUUUCAGUCUCACUCUCAUCAGAAGCCUCCACUGAAGAAGUAUAGCGGGUCUUACGGCAAUGGCGGAGUCCGAAUUAGUCCUGUUCUCAAUAUUCCACCUCCCUAUAUUGCCAAAGGAACUGCAAGUUUAUUUGGUUUGGGUUCGUUAUUCUGCGGUGGGAAGGAUAAGAACAACAAGAAGAAAUGAUCCGCUUUAUCCUCUUUAGGUGAAGAAUUGGUUCCAACAACAUUUGCAGAUUUCUCUUGGGUUCAAUACAACACCAACAACAUUCUUCAAGAUUUACUGUGACCAAGUUUAAAGAAUUUGAAUGGAGGAACUAUAAGAGCUAGGAACGAUUACAGAGUU